GCAGCGUCGAGAAGACGCUUGGCGAGCUGCUUGAAGGGAGAGAUACAAGUACUGAGAUACAUCUAUUCAAUGGAUCUUCUGAGGUCGCAGUCCUCAAAAUAACCGGCUCAGAAAGCGCCAAGACAAUCAUGGACCAACUCGUCCCGAGCAUCAAGAAACCCUCAGAAAAUUCCAAGUACCUAGACAACAUUGACGCUCUGCAGAAGGUGUUCGGUGCUGCGAAGCAGAUGGUCGAUGCUCUUGCGGGGGUGCAUCCCGCAGCUACCAUCGCUUGGGGAUUUCUGUCUGUUGGAUUCGAGGCAGUGAAGAACCAACGCGACGCGAAACAAGCAAUACUCAAUCUUUACACCGAAAUGAUAUCAGUCUACGAAGAGGCCAGCAAGGACAGUGUCUUGCAGCAACGCGACGGUCUAUAUGGAACGUAUAGUUCCUUGUUCAAGCAGACCAUCGAGUGCGCCAUUUUCAUUGAAGGCUAUGCAAAGAAGAGUGGGAUAGAGCAUCUUUUCACGAUGGACCUAUCGGGCCAAGCUGAAAAUUUUCGUCAGGCCUUCAUCGACCUGAAAGGCCAGCUGAGUAUGGGAUUCGCAAGGGAAUCAGCCAUUGUUACUCUCGGUGUCCAGGAGCUUGUGAACAUUCAGAUUAUGAGAGAUCGAUUGCAAGAUCUCCGACCACCUCAAGAACUGGGGCCAAAGUCGCGUUGUAUGCCCGGAACGCGUGUUGAGACAAUCAACGCGAUGAUGUCAUGGAUUGCCCAGUGUAACGGCGGGACAAUGUGGUGCAAAGGAUUGGCGGGGACGGGGAAGAGCUCUUUGAUGGGAACCCUCCACGACUUGCUCACUGCGGACAUCGGGGGACGGAGUCGGCUUGUAGCCUUCAUUCGCUACGACCGUAUCGAGUAUUCAGAUGCCAGCAAGCUAAUCAGCAGCAUCGCAUAUGCCUUGGGAAUGUUCGAUGACCGCAUCGGGAUGGCAAUCUCCAAAGUUAUCCAGACAUCGCGAUCGGUGCCGACCAUGUUAGACCUGUCUGCUCAGUUUCGGCUUCUACUUCGUGAUCCGCUUGAAUCCCUCCCUAGUCUUGUUGAUGAAGGUCCCCUGGUAGUCAUCAUCGAUGGAUUGGAUGAGUGCGAUGCAUCUAGUGAAAUGUUAGAUGUACUCGCCGAGGGAUUUGGUCCGAAACUUCCCUUCAUGCGGCUCAUUGUUUCCAGCCGACCGAUUCAUCGCAUAGCUACGGUGUUCGAGGAACGGGAUUGCAUAUCCAUGCUCCAUUUAGAUACCUCCUCAGAGGAUGUAAACCGUGAUAUUCAGUUCUACCUGGAAAUCCAAUUUGCAAGUAUACACGAGGAUGCGUUUCAGGAGAAGUGUAAAAAGCUGGAUGCCAUCAAUAAACUGACGGCACGGGCGAGCGGUUUAUUCAUUUGGGCUGCAACUGUUGCGAAAUUCAUCCUUGCAUUUCCAGGGAUAUCAAGGCUUCAGGCUCUCCUAGCCACGGAUAUCCCUAGUGAUGCGACCGAGGCUCUAACAUUCUUAUAUCGCACUGCUUUGAAUACUCUCUCGUCUGAAAUCCCGGGUACCAAUGCGGACAUUAAAAAGUGUGUGCGUGAUGUUCUCGGCGCUGUGCUGGCAGCCGAGACGCCUCCAGGGAUGACAGAGGAAAUCCUUGAUAACAUUGUCCUAGACCAAGGCAGCCCUCCGUCGCAUCGCAUCGUGUCUAUGCUAGGAAGUAUAAUCAGUCCUGAAACUGAGGACUCGCCCAUCCGACUCAUACACAAAUCCCUCGAUGAUUUCUUACAGGAUCGGAGCCGAUGUGGGGACGAUUGGUUCGUUGAUGUCACUUUGCACCGCAUGGCACUAGCCAAACGGUGUCUGACUUCAUUGACGCCUUUUCUUCUGGAGUGGUCCAAAAUCAAUACACAUAGCUUGGAUAUCAUCGCUGUACCAGAGUAUAUUUCCCGAUAUGCAUUGUUUGGAGCGUUGUGGCAUAUUAACGUCUUCGACAAGACUGGCUUAGAACUCUUCGCUUCCUUUUUCCGUCGCCACUUUCUUCCUUGGUUGGAUGUACAUCUAUGUAUUGGAUCUGAUUCUGUCCUUCAAAACAUGGCGAUGUUGCUGAACUGGUCUAACGUACGUGGCAUGAAAGUGAGCUUUAUUUCCCGAACUAAAUCACCUUGGUCCUAGCAAUUUGACGGCAUUGAGCCACGCACUUUAUUCUACCACGCUUAUCUGUUUGCGUACAGAGCAAUAGAGGACGGAGGGCGAUCUAGGUUAGGACCAUCAUAUGUUUACACUCGCGCGAUGUGUCUUUCACCGUCGAGUAAUGUCAUUCGCAAGGCCUGGGAUUUAGAGCAGUCCAAUGCUUUGGGUGAACCUGUGUUCCCCGACAGAGAGCGCCUUCUCUCUUGCAUGAUAGGUGGCCAGCAUCUCCACUAUUA